AUGCGCAACAAAAGAUCGAUAUUGAUUGGCGGCACUGACUGGCAUGAAGCUGAUUCAAGGAAAAGACAAACUCACCAGGAUGACGUCAAAUUCCCAAGGAUGCGCAGAGACAAGAUGAAGGAUGGUCUAAUGAGGAGACGAAGAGAUCGUGAGCUGACGGUUUCACAAAAGAUGCAACGAGAGCUCCAACUUUCGCCUUUUGCUCGAUCUUUGGACCCUGAAUUGCAGUGCAAGCAAAUGAUUUACAACGCCACUUGUGUAGGAACGCUAUCGGGGAAUAAGCUGGGGAGGACGCUGUUAGAAGGCCAGCAGCAAGACUUGAUGUACAGGCCAUGGGCCGUUAUUGUUGUUCAGCCCAACAAUGAGCGCUAG